AUGCCUAAAAAGAAGAGCAAUGGCUACCUGAUGUUUAUGAUAGAGGAGAAAAAACGAAUCCUAGCAGAAACCAAACAGGCGCCAUCUAUGCAAGAAAUGGCUGUUCUCUGCAAUGAAUCCUGGAAGAGACUCAGCCCAGAAGAAAGGGCCACUUACAAUGCCAUGGCUAAAAGGGCCAAUCUGAAAGGUGGCCAGGACCCGGAUCUGAUGAGACUGGACAAUCAGGGCCAGAUAAUUGCACUCAGAAAAUCUGCAGCCCAGGAGGCAGCCAUGUUGCGAACCAGGGAGAAGCAGGACCUGGUGAAGUCUUGGGAGGGACAAGAUCUCUUGGACAUACGGUUUCAUGUCAUCAACUUUCAAGUCAUGUACACGGACGAGCCAGUUGAUUACUACUUGCCCCUUGAGGUGGGCAUGGUCUCCUUCACCCUGAGGGAUGGGAUCACAAAACAUUUGCAUAGUUUCAUCGACGCUGGUGAGGUCCCACAUGGAAACAUGCACUUGGCGUUAAAACACAGUGAGAAUACGCACAAGAUCCCACUGAGCUUUGAACAGGCUGACAGCGACUUCCUGAGGUUGUGGACGAGGCUAGAGAAGUUUGUGGUCAGUGAUCCUCACAGGGAUGAUGUUCCUCCUAUAUUUUGUUUGGCCAGUGAAAAAGUAAUUGUGCAGUCAUGCUUGGAUUACAUUCAUUAUCACGCUCGGACUGGAGAACCGAACAUAUUCACCAGAGUCUAUGCCCUGGAGGACCUGGUCAUGUCUCUACUGCUGCAGUCUGGGAAAUUUACUGUGAAGCCGUCAGAAACUCAGAUCCAUGACAGCCUUCUACGGAACCAGUGGGACUAUGUCAGCAGUAUCAGGUGUGCUUACCAUGAUGAAAGCGACUGCAGUUAUUGUUCCCUGGCUAUUGUCAAAAGACUCAGUUUCGCCAUCUUUGACAUGCUGUCAAGUGUCCUAGGGUUUAAACUCAAGGAACACCACAUGCCAGAUGAAUCAUCCAAUCAAACCUUUACUGUCAAACUUCCGUCAUCUGCUGCCAGAAGGACUGACACAAGAGUGAAGAAGAAGAAGAAGAAGAAGAGGACGAUGAAUAGUGAAUUUCAACCCAAACCUGCACCAUUUGAGCUGAAGGAACUGCGGAAACCUAACAGUCUCUCAUUAUGUCAUUUGAGCGAUGGUCCCAAUAUUUUAUCAGUUAAACAAAAUUCACCUGGAGAGAGCCAGAGCCGUUUACAGUAUUCGACCUCGAUAAGGCCUCCACCUGGUUUUGGUCCUCGACCUGGAUUUCCUGGAGAUUCUCUGUUUCGUCCCCAGGUAUGUAUUUGUGAUCUUGGUUCUGUUGAAGGUGCCACUUUAGCAUCUCGUCAUUCAUCACCUGAACAAAAUGGAAGUUGUUAUCUAAAAGCACCUGUAGAUGUACUAAGGAAGAGAUCGGAGCACUUAUGGUCAUGUCUGAGUGGGAUGAAGGUGAUCUUUAAAAUGAACUGUUCAUUAUCGUGUAGAUAUAAGCAUGGGCAUAUAUGA